AUGAAUUAAAAUUUGGAUGCCAUUAAAUAAAAGAUUAUAGAAAAGAAUAAUGUAUAAAUUAUUAAAAAGGCAUAGGAAUUUAAAUCGAUGCAAAAAGCUCUCAACAUUUGGUUUUAAUAAUCAUAAUAAUAAAAAAAUGAAGAUGCGAACAAAUAUUAACAAUAAACAAAUAAAAAAUAAAUGAAUUAAUCAUCAUAAAUUAUUAUUAAACAACAUCAAACUGAAGGAAUUUAGGUUUCUGGUAUUAUUACAACCAAAUAAGGAUAUAAAAUAUCAUAUCCUAAUUUAGCAUAUAUCCUCAAAGCUACUGAUAUUCCAGAUAUAGAGCCUUAAUGCUCUUUGAUUAAGAAAAUCAGGCCAUUAAAACAAGUAAAUUUUGACUAUUUAGAUGAUUUGAGAAGAUAUGUUUGGAAAUAUAAAUAAUAUACCUAGUUUUUCAAAAUUCUCCUUAAAGUUUCUUAAGGCAAUACUGAAAUUUCAGAAACUCUUGUAAAAAUUUAAAAGAGAAUGAAAACAGGAUUUUAUCAUGUCAUGACCUUUUAUCACAUUUCCAAUAGAAGUUGGUCUAUUUGUAAAUUAAUCAAGAAUUUAAAUAAAAAAGGACUUUAUUAACGAGAAAGGUAGAAUCUUUAUGAUGUAAUAAAUCAUAUAUGACAAUAGAAAAUUUUGGAAAACAUUCAAGAAGACCUUGAAGAAAUUUUUAACCCAUUAUUAUUAUCAACUGAUUAUGUUCCAAUAGAGGAACAAUACAUUUCUUUUUAAUAGUAUAAAAAAAGACUCCAAGAAGUUAUUUUAAUGAGAGAAAAUGGACUUUGA